AUGUCAUUAGAUUCUACAAAAUUAGAAAUUAGCAAAACUACAACACCAAAGGAAAAGUUGCCAAAUGAUCAAUUAAUAUUUGGUAAAACUUUCACAGACCAUAUGUUAGAAAUUGAAUGGACCAAGGAAAAUGGAUGGGGUGUUCCAAAAAUUUCACCUUACCAUAACUUUUCGUUUGAUCCAUCAACCGUUGUCUUCCACUAUGCAUUCGAAUUGUUUGAAGGUAUGAAGGCUUAUCGUGAUAACAAAAACCAGAUUAGAACCUUUAGAUCUGAUAAGAAUAUGGCAAGAAUGAACCAAUCUGCUGAAAGAAUUGCUUUACCAACCUUCGAUGGGGAAGAGUUCAUGAAGUUGAUUGACAAGCUUUUGCUUAUAGAUGAAAGCUUUGUUCCUCAAGGUGCUGGCUAUUCAUUAUACUUGAGACCAACCUUGAUAGGUACCACUGCUUCGUUAGGUGUUGGAACUCCUGACAAGGCCUUAUUAUAUGUUAUUGCUUCUCCAGUCGGUCCAUACUACGGUACCGGAUUCAAGCCAGUUUCAUUGGAAGCCACAGAUUACGCUGUUAGAGCUUGGCCAGGUGGUGUUGGUAACCGUAAAUUGGGUGCCAAUUACGCCCCAUGUAUUUUACCUCAAUUAGAAGCAGCCAAGAGAGGCUACCAACAAAACUUGUGGUUAUUCGGCGAUGAAGGUUAUGUCACCGAGGUUGGAACUAUGAAUGUUUUCUUUGCUUUUAAGGAUUCCGAAGGAAAGAAGGAAUUAGUUACUGCCCCAUUAGAUGGUACUAUUUUAGAAGGUGUCACCAGAGAUUCCAUCUUGAAAUUGUGUAAAGAGAGAUUACCUUCAGAAUGGACAGUUACCGAACGCAAGUUCACUAUCCAUGAAAUUGAAGAAAGGGCUGCUAAAGGUGAAUUGAUUGAAGCUUUCGGUGCUGGUACCGCUGCUGUCGUUUCUCCAAUAGAAAGAAUUGGCUGGAAAGGUAAAGAUAUUUCAGUUCCAAUUUCUAGUGGUGAUGCAGGUGAAUUAACCAAGCAAGUAGCUGAAUGGAUUAGAAAGAUUCAAUAUGGUGAAGAAGAAUAUGAGAACUGGUCAAGAGUUGCUAAAUAG